AUGGCUGAAACGCCCUUGAGCAAGGCAGUUGAACCCCUGCCUGCUCCAGUCAACAAAAGGCUGAAGUACGUCAGCCUGGUGGUGCUCGUGUUCCAGAAUGCUUCGCUCAUCCUCAGCAUCCGAUAUGUCCGCACGCUGCCGGGCGACAGGUUCUUCACGACGUCUGCCGUGGUCAUGGCGGAGAUCCUGAAGGUCCUGACGUGUCUGCUCAUCAUCCUGCUGCAGAAGAAAUGUAACGUGAAGGAGACGGUGCUGUUCCUGCUCGACUCCAUCGUGUUUCAGUACAAGGACACUCUGAAACUGUCCGUCCCUUCGCUCAUCUACACGCUGCAGAACAACCUGCAGUAUGUCGCCAUCUCCAACCUGCCCGCCGCCUCCUUCCAGGUGACGUAUCAGCUGAAGAUCCUCACCACGGCUCUGUUCAGUGUGUUGAUGCUCAGAAAGUCUCUGUCCAGAGUCCAGUGGAUUUCUCUGCUACUGCUGUUCGCUGGAGUAGCCAUCGUACAGGUGCAGCAGGAGGGAAACAAGGAGGCGUCGGACAGCUCCAAUCAGAACUACAUGGUGGGUCUCAUCGCCGUCGUGAUCAGCUGCCUGUCGUCGGGAUUCGCUGGUGUUUACUUCGAGAAGAUCCUGAAGGGGAGCUCCGCCUCCGUCUGGGUGAGGAACGUCCAGCUGGGGAUCUUCGGCAUGGCGCUCGGCAUGCUGGGACUGUGGUGGAACGACGGCCCUGCUGUUGCCGAUCGUGGCUUCUUGUUCGGCUACACCGGGAUGGUGUGGUGCGUCAUUUUCAACCAGGCGUUCGGCGGCCUGCUGGUGGCCGUGGUGGUGAAGUACGCCGACAACAUCCUCAAGGGCUUCGCCACGUCCUUCUCCAUCAUCGUCUCCACGGUGAUGUCCAUCUACCUGUUCAGUUUCCAUGUGGACCUGCUCUUCACGGUGGGGGCGGGGCUCGUCAUUGGCGCCGUCUACAUGUACAGCCUCCCCAAAGCGCCCGGCAGCAGCUCUUCGUCGUCUUCAGUUUUGCCGAGGACAGGUGGAGGUGAUGAAUUGGAGGCGUUUCUGCCAAAGUCAGUGCUGGUGAAGUGACUCGCUCUCGCUCUCUCUCUCGCUCUUGCUCUCUCUGGGUGGCGGUGCUCACUUCCUGUCUUCUCUCGUUGGGGUCAGAGGGCAAACUGCUGAGUUUCAUCUGCUGCUGCUCUCUCUCUCUCUCUCCCCUGCUCCAAUUGUCAUCCUCACCUACCCCUGACUAACUUUGACCUUUGACCUCCUGCUCAUCUGCUCCUCCGCCGUAAUCUCUCCUAACCGCUACUCCUCUGAGAACAUGUGAUGAUGGUGGAGGAAGAGGAGGAGACGUUUUGUUUUC